AACUUGUCUCUUCCAACAUAGUUUACCCAUUUUUGGGUAGGUUCAGUUUUGGCCGAUCUGGGUGUAUUCUACCCAAAUUUGGGUAGUUUUGAAAUAGCGUGUAGAGUGUGUAUCGAGAAAAAAAAAAUGUGAACUCAAACGUAAAUAAACAAGCGACUAGAUUAGAAAGAGAAGCUGGCUUGUGAAAAUCCCAACUCACCGCGAACUUAAAAUUUAAAAUUGAUUGAAAAGUGUUUUAUCGAGUGCUCCGCAUCAUUGUUGUAUUAUCACCCAAGAGCACAUACUAGACAAUAAUUAUUAUUAUCAGUAAACAAAUGGAUUCAUCUUCGGAAAAUCUAGAUGAAUCCAUGUUAGAUGUGAUUCAAAGAGCAGAAGCUUUCAUAAUGGCGCAUUCCUUCCUAAAUCGUGAAGCCAAGCGAUCUUCCAGCAACAUUUUCGACGUGAGCGGAAAUGACGCAUCUUUUCAUUCGGCAGCAGAUAAGUCUGCCAUUGCAGACGAUUCCGAAUCAAACAUGAUAGCCUCAGGCCCUUCUACAAGUGGUACUAGUGACAGUGAUGGCAAUCAACAAACAAGCAAUGCUUCCAGUGAUCAUGUUGAGGUGCUGAGCGAUGAUUCGAAUGCUACACUUCCCUAUGAGUUAAACGCUUUACGACCGGAGGCCGACGACAACGCCGAUUGUGUUGUAGACAACGAUGAUUGUGUUGUGAUAGAAGUGCCACACCCUGUAGUUGAUCUUUGUUCCCCCAUGCACGAUGAAAUACCACUCUCUCCAGCAACUCGACGGGCUCGGCGCAGGAGAGCAGAUGCCGCUCUAGUAGUGGAAUCCAUCAAUCUUGACGAUACGGUAAUCAAUAUUGCACCUCCAGCGCAACAGAAUGCCAUCCAGACGCCACCACCCACGAAACGAAUGACUACCAUAGCUCCGCGUUCAGAUUCCAUAUCAACUGAAGCAGCUUCAUCAAUAUCUGCUACAUGCCCAAUAUGUUUGGAGUCCAUAUUCCACCAGCAGGCUGCAUCUACCGUGUGUGGACAUCUUUUCUGCAAUGCUUGCAUUACACAGGAAAUUCAAAUCCGCAAAAAAUGUCCUAUGUGCAAACGGGCGCUCAAGAGACAACAUGUUCAUCCGAUUUAUUUUAACUGAAGGCUUAUUCGUGAUUUAUUUAAGUUAAACUAUUCUGAGCGGUCUA